AUGAUUGACCUGAACAGGCCCGGUUCCAUCGAGCGAACCAUCGCUAUCACGGAGAUCGAACGCAUUCUCAACAAGUACUGCAUAAUGGCCCGUGAGAAUGCACCCUUCUCACAAAUGGCCAACCUUUUCCACCCCGAUGGCGUGUUCCGCCUUCCCAAUGGAAGUGGAGUUCCUCCACGAGAAAUGGGGACUGUUGUGCAAGGCAAACCACCAGCUUUCAUUCGCCACCACCUUACAAGCGUGGAUAUUGAGUUCACCAGCGACAGAGAAGCAAAUACACGGGCUCUCUUCUUCGCGAUGACCGGGUCGUCCACCAUCGAUCACUGGGGAUACUGGCAGGAUGUCUUUGAGCAGACAGACGAGGGGUUGUGGCUCAUUAAGGUUCGCAAAAUUGUGGUGGAAGGGCAGGAUGAUAAUGGAUGGUAUGCUGGAGCGUAUGGCCAGUAA